AUGAAGAACAGCGUGGAAUCUCGCGAAGAAGAUGCAAAUGUUUCUUCUUCAUUUCGUCGUUUACCAGAUGAAAUCAUCCUCCAGAUUUUUAACAAAUUAAUCGACUUGAAAACCCUAUGCUUUUGCCAUCUCAUUUCCAAACAUUUCUCCUCGAUUGUACUUCAAAUCGAAGCCAUUUCCUUCACUGCUCCUUUAUUAAACCCUCACAUUUCCGAUAAGAACACCGUCAGUGAUGUCUCCCCAAGUCAGCCGUUUCUAUCCGCUCAUAGGUUUUUGAGCAAGUUUAAAGGAGUGAAGUUCUUAUGGAUCGAACUUCCUUCAUCCAGUCAUAGAGAUAUUGAUGAUCGUCUUUUGUUCAGGUGGAAAGCUAAGUUCUGUAGCAGAAUGAAAUCGUUCAUAUUUCUAUCACCACAUUCAAUUUUUGACAAGGAUGGAUUCUGUAUUAAUGGAAAUGGGGAAGAAGAAGAAGAAGAAGAAGACGAGUUACGAAAUGAUAUGUUAAAUCAGAAAUUAGUCAUUUCAUUUCAGUGUUUUAGGGAUGCGAUGGUCUGGCAUUCGAUAUUGUUGUACUUGGUUAAGGAUCUACCAAAGUUGGAAAAGGUUUCCAUUACUGAUUUAGGGAGAAGAGGGAAGCUUUCUCUGAGUGGGGAAAAGCUCAUUGAGGUGAAGGAAUGGGUACAUUCAGCUUCUGAAGCUGUGAUGACUCAUUUAGAGCUUCCUACUAAAAUAAGUAACGGUUACAUUCCCGUUUUGAAAUUGCCAGUUUCAGGGUAUGUGAUGAAAGGGAUACAUUUUUGUGUAAUGAAGAUGAAAGAUCUCGGGGAUGGAAAUGAUGGUGUUAUGAACAAUGAGGAUGCUUCUGCAGAUAAAGAAGAAGCUGCGUAUACUGAAGCUGUGAUGGAAAUUUUGGAGAAGCAUACGACAUGA